AAGAACGAAAGCCUCUGUUUGCGAGUGGCCGUGGCAAAGCAAAUAUAUAUAUUUAAAGUGCAGGGAAAUCGGUGAUCUUGGAUGGCUUCGAAUUUCGAUCGGUGGGAGAAGGAUCCGUUCUUCUCCGCGGCUGAGGAAGUUCAGGAAUCUGCUGACAGGAUGGAAUCGGUUUAUAGAACCUGGUUACACGAAACCAAGAACGCGUCGAACAUCUGCGAUAUCGAUGAGCUUCGCAGGGACCUACAUACAACCCUUGGUACUGCCAAAUGGCAGUUGGAGGAGUUUGCACGGGCAGUCAGCUCGAGCUAUGUUGAUAGCUCUAGCUCGGCCGAAGAUGGGAGAGCCAGGCACCGCCAAUUUAUUGUUGCUAUCGAGUUUCGGAUUUCUACGGUUGAGAACUCGUUGAAGGAAUCAGUCGUCGCGGAAGGCAAGUCGACGUUGCCUUGGGUUCGUUUGGAUGAAGGUGAACGGGAUGAGCUUGCCUUGUUUCUCUCUGGACCUUUGGUAGGCAGGGCCACUCCCUCUGCUACGAUUCCUGCUAGAGACGAAGAAGAAGGGAAUUUGCAGGGAGCGCGUGGAGAAACAGUGUCUAGUUGGUCAAAGAAUUCUUCGCAUCCGGUUGAGUGGGGUUCACACGAGACUAAGGAGGAUAGGUUUCACGGGCAUCGGAGGACUGCAAGUGCCAGUCCUGACAUUGAUACCUGGAAGAUUACAGUUGCCGAAGAGAAUUCCCAAGGAAGUUCUUCUUCUGAUGGCAUGUAUGAUCUUCCUCCUCCUAGGGUAUUCAGUUUUUCAGGGCUCCUCGGAGCCAUGGAGCCCAUUCCCAAGCUGAAUUGGUCCAACAAGAAUGGUUUCAGGAAAUGGAAGGCUGGGGAUCGUCGUCUGGCAACCGAUGCUGUGCCAUUACGGCCACAGCAGUUGAGUCGGGGCAUAAAUGCUUGUUAUGAAAGAAGUAAGAGUUGCCUUGAUAGCUGUGACGAGUCUUAUGAUAAGCAGCUAUAUGGUUGGUUCGGAGCUGUUCAAAGACACUUUCAGAGGUCGCAAUAUCAAAUCCAAUACAGUCGGCCAAUUCGAGUUACUUUUUGUGUUGCUGUCGUCCUUUGCCUGAUUGUGUUUCUUGCAUGGAGUGCUGUCUAAGGAGACGAAAAGAAUUUUCUUUAGACUGGAUUUGCUAGUUGAAGGUAACAUUUGGGGCGGGGCAGGGCAGAUGAAUGCUAGCAGUUUGGUGUUCUUUCCUCCGGCCACUGAUCAAUGCAUUUUCUUGUUUUCUAGCAUGCUCAUAUUCGAGAAGGUUCCAUGCUCAUGCAUUGCUUGUAUUCUAUAUGGGGUAAGCAGAGAAAAAUUUGUUGAUCUCAAGAUUAAAUGUGUAUAUAUUUGUUAUGAGCCAAGAAAAACUUAUUGGAAAAUAUAUUAAAGGUGGGCUAAAUUGCUACCUUUGCUGUGCUUGCCA